AUGGCGGCGACCACUUCUUCUACCCUCACGCGGGACAGCUACAACCGCCAGUCCCUGGGUGCCAACCUCAACGUCAACGUCAAGAAGGCCAAGGUCCUCAUGGUAGGCGCUGGAGGCAUUGGAUGCGAACUCCUCAAGAACCUCGUCCUCACAGGCUUCGGCGAAGUACACGUCGUCGACCUCGAUACCAUUGACCUGAGCAACUUGAAUCGCCAGUUUCUGUUCCGCCACGAGCACAUCAAGAAGUCCAAGGCCGAGGUGGCCAAAGAAGCAGCGCAAGUCUUCAAUCCGAACGUCAAGAUCGAGUCCUAUUUCGCGAAUAUCAAGGAUACCCAGUUCAACAUUGCCUGGUUCCGCGGCUUUCAGCUGGUCUUCAAUGCCCUCGACAACCUCGAUGCCAGACGCCACGUGAACCGCAUGUGCCUGGCCGCCAAUGUCCCUCUGAUCGAAAGUGGCACGACAGGCUUCAAUGGACAAGUCCAGGUCAUCAAGAAAGGUGUCACUGCCUGCUACGACUGCACAACGAAGGACGUCCCCAAGUCGUUUCCCGUCUGCACGAUCAGAAGUACCCCGAGCCAGCCGAUCCACUGCAUAGUCUGGGCCAAGAGCUACCUGCUGAACGAGGUCUUCGGCGUGAGCGAGGACGAGGCGGCCUUCGACCACUCGGAAGACGCGGAUAACGCGCACGAGAUCGAGGAACUGAAGAAGGAGGCUGAGGCGCUGAAACAGAUCAGGGAGUCGGUCGGAACCGCAGACUUUGCGCAGAAGCUGUUUGACAAGGUCUUUAAUGCAGAUAUUCAGAGGCUCUGUUCCAUGGAGGAGAUGUGGAACUCGCGAGAGAAGCCGAGGCCUCUGGAAUAUCAGACCCUCAAGCCUACCAUGCCCACAAUCGACGAUGCCUUCUUGCAGGACGGCCAGAAGAACUGGUCCGUUGAGGAGAACUUGGCUGUCUUGGAAAGCAGCUUGGAUCGACUGAGCAAACGCAUAGCCGAGAUGAAGAAGGAGCAGGAGACAGGCCAAACCACAGUCACUCCCUCGAUAUCUUUUGACAAGGACGACGAGGACACCCUAGAUUUUGUUGCAGCAGCCGCCAACAUACGUGCGCACAUUUUUGGUAUUGAUCUGAAGACACGGUUUGACGUCAAGCAGAUGGCUGGCAACAUCAUCCCCGCCAUUGCGACGACAAACGCCAUUGUCGCCGGCCUGUGUGUCCUGGAGGCUUUCAAGGUCCUAAAGGGCGAUUAUAACGACGCAAAGGAGGUCUUCUUGUCACCAUUCGCCAACCAAAGAUUACUGGCGCCGGACCGCCCACGGCCACAAAAUCCGACAUGCCCGAUAUGCACCUCGUAUUACACCGGCGUGUAUGCCGACCUAGCUCGCGCGACACUGAACGAUCUAGUCGAGGACUUCAUUAAGGCGCAUCUGGGCUAUGGUGACCGGGAGUUCUCUAUUACAAGCGACAGGGGUCUCCUCUAUGACCCUGAUGAAACCGACCAACUUCCCAAGAAACUCACCGAUCUGGGCCUCCAGCAUGGCGGGUUCCUGACAAUUGUGGACGAGUCUGACGAAGAUGUAUUUGUGAACGUUGUUCUUGACAUCUUGGAAGCUAAGGAACCGCUUGAAGACAAGCCUGUCAAGGCUGUUGUAGAGCCUGACAAGACCCCGGAGAUACAGCGCAAACCCAAGAAGGCGCCCGUCGCCGAGAGCAAUGGUGUCACUCAAACGAAUGGCAAGCAUGCUAUAGAAACAGCAUCUCCUUCCAAGGACCUCAAACGCGCUAGAGAAGAGGAGACUGAGGCUUCUGCUUCCGUGAAGAAGGCAAAAUUGACUCAAACGGGUGACAGCGAUGUCGUGCUUGUGGACGACGAGGCCGGUUCUGGGGCUAUUUUGAUUGACGAUGACUGA